ACCCCAGCCAUCGCCAUUGACUAUCAGUCUCACUGCCACCAUGCUGGCCUCCGGGCUGCUUCUGGUGGCCUUGCUGGCCUGCCUGACUGUGAUGGCAUUGCUGUCUGUCUGGCGGCAGAGGAAGAUCUGGGGGAAGCUGCCUCCAGGACCUACCCCACUGCCCUUCCUUGGGAACUACCUGCAGCUGAACACAGAGCAGAUGUACAACUCCCUCAUGAAGAUCAGCGAGCGCUAUGGCCCCGUGUUCACCGUCCACCUGGGGCCCCGGCGGGUCGUGGUGCUGUGCGGGUAUGACGCCGUGAAGGAGGCCCUGGUGGACCAGGCUGAGGAGUUCAGCGGGAGAGGCGAGCAGGCCACCUUCGACUGGCUCUUCAAAGGCUAUGGCGUGGCGUUCAGCAACGGCGAGCGCGCCAAGCAGCUGCGGCGCUUCUCCAUCACCACGCUGCGGGACUUCGGCGUGGGCAAGCGCGGCAUCGAGGAGCGCAUCCAGGAGGAGGCGGGCUUCCUCAUCGAGGCGUUCAGGGCCACGCGCGGCGCCCUCGUGGAUCCCACCUUCUUCCUGAGCCAAGCCUUCUGCAACGUCAUUAGCACUGUUGCCUUUGGGGACCGCUUCCACUAUGAGAACAAAGAGCUGCUGUCACUGCUGGGUAUGAUGAAGGGCAGCCUUGAGUUCACAGCUACAUCUGCGGGACAGCUCUAUGAGAUGUUCUAUUCAGUGAUGAAACACCUGCCAGGACCACCACAGGCCUUUAAGGAGCUGCAAGGACUGGAAGACUUCAUAGCCAAGAAGGUUGGCAGCCACAACCAGCGCACACUGGAUCCCAUCCCACGGGACUUCAUCGACUCCUUCCUCAUCCGCAUGCAGGAGGAGAAGAAGAACCCCAACACGGAGUUCUACAUGAAGAACCUGGUGCUGACCACGCUGAACCUCUUCUUCGCGGGCACGGAGACCGUCAGCACAACCCUGCGCUAUGGCUUCCUGCUGCUCAUGAAACACCCGGAUGUGGAGGCCAAGGUCCAUGAGGAGAUUGACCGGGUCAUCGGCAAGAACCGGCAGCCCAAGUUCGAGGACCGGGCCAAAAUGCCCUACACGGAGGCAGUGAUCCAUGAGAUCCAAAGAUUUGGGGACAUGAUCCCCAUGGGCCUGGCCCGCAGGGUCACCAAGGACACCAAGUUUCGGGACUUCUUCCUCCCCAAGGGCACCGAAGUGUUCCCUAUGCUGGGCUCCGUGCUCAGAGACCCCAAGUUCUUCUCCAACCCCCGAGAUUUUAAUCCCCAGCACUUCCUGGACGAGAAGGGGCAGUUUAAGAAGAGUGACGCUUUUGUGCCCUUCUCCAUUGGAAAGCGCUACUGCUUUGGAGAAGGCCUGGCUCGGAUGGAGCUCUUCCUCUUCCUCACCACCAUCCUGCAGAACUUCCGCUUCCAGUCCCCGCAGUCGCCUGAGGACAUCGACGUGUCCCCCAAGCACGUGGGCUUUGCCACCAUCCCAAGAAACUACACCAUGAGUUUCUUGCCUCGCUGAGCGCUGAGCUAGGGCUGUGUGGGGGCAGGGCUCAUGGGCGGGGCUUAUGGGGAG